UUUAACAAAAUCAUGGCAGAUAUCAUCGAAGGUGAAGAAGUAGAUACUAAACAUAUGAUUCAAGCGAAGAAAGCAGCCCGCUUCUUUCUUCCAAAUCCAAUGAACAAAGGAACUUCAAGAGAGAAAGACUCAGAAUUCUCUAAAAAGCUUCAAGAAAUGAAUACAUUGGACUUGAUAGAUUUCGACCAAGAUUACGGAACUAUUUAUUUUGCAAAUGGAGGAUAUAUUUCCACUCUUGAUACAAGCCCUUAUGAUUUGAAGACUGAUCAAGAUGUCGCUAGCUCUAUGAAGACCUACUCAAUAGGACAUGAUAAGUCCUUCAUCAAAGGACUCAAAUUGAUCAAGGAAAAAGCUUUGAUCUUGAUUUCAGUGAACGAUAAAAUUUUGAUUCACUCUAUCCAAGCAGAUGGAUCUAUUGGAAAAUGCCAAUUUACCUUGUCUCUAAGCCAGAACGAUAAUAUCGGCAGACUUGAGUACAUUAUUGAUGGCUCUAACUCUCUUUAUGCAGUCGUGGUUGACUCAGACUUUGCUCUACACAUCAUUGACUACAAUACCAAGUCUGUAACAGUUAAGGAGAAUGUAGUUGACGCAAACUUUGUUGAAGGAUUACUCUACUACAUCGACAAGGAAGGAUCCAGUCUUCAUAUAAUUGACCCAAGCCAGCCAGAAAAUGAGUUAAAUUCCUUUGAGACCGCUUUAGAGGACUUAUGUGCAGUAGAGUAUCUGAAGAAGCAACAUUCAGUUUUGAUCUUCUUUGGAGAAUCCCCAAGUGCAAAUGUGAAUAUCUUCGAAUUUGGUGCAGGUGUUACCAGGGAUGAUUUCAUCAGAUUUAACUACCAGAAAAUCACUCUGUUUGAAGAAAUGUUCGAUCCAUCAGAUAACAUCCUCGAACUUCCCGGGAAAUACAAGCUAAUGAAUAUUGGAAACACGAGAUUUAACUUUUCAUACUUUAGCUACGGAGAAUCUAUUGAUGCUCUUUACAAAACAGAAGAAGGCAACUGGGCAAGAGUUAUGGUAGAAGAACAGAGCAUCAGACUCUUAGCUCCAGUUGACGGAGAUGGAGAGAUUCCAUCAUUUAAAGGACUUAUUUACUAUCCAUUUAAGCUGACACCUCAGGAUCCAGAUACUUGUCAAUACAAGUUUACUGAAGAAGAAGUUACAGUUGCUACUCCUAGGAAAGUUAUUACUAUGACUUAUACAGGCCAGGUUGAUCUCUAUGAGGUAUAUUUUAAGGAUUUUGACCAUUCGUUCGAUAAAGUGAAAACCGAGAGGAAUGCAGCUCAAGAGCCAGAUGAAGGAUCUCAACUGUCUCUAGCAGAGAUAUCAGGAGAAGAUAAUAUUGAUUUCGCUCCUGGUGAACAGGACGGUGAUGAUUUUGAGCAGGAUGAGGUUGAGAAAGAGGCUGAAGCAACUCAGACUAAGAAUGAGCCUGAAGAAGCUGAUUCAACUCCAUUUAAAAGUGCUUUUUCUUCACUGGGAACAAAUAGUAAUACUUCAAAAACAACAGUGUUUGGAACAACGAAUAGUAUAUUCUCUAAGCCAAAGGAAGAGCAGAAGAAAUCUAUCUUGGGAAGUUCGACGACAUCAUUCGGAAAACCAACUAAUUCUGAAACUAAGAAUAUUUUUGAGCAAGGUGACUCUACUCCAAUGUUCGGAAAAUUUGGCUCUAGCUCUCUCUUCCCAAAGAAAGACGAGCCAAAGAAAGAAGAGCCCGCCAAAGAAGAGCUAAAAAAGGAAGACAUAAAGAAAGAAGAACCAAAGAAAGAAGAGAAGAAAAUAGAAAAUGUAUUUAUGUCACAAAAGCCAAAAGAUCAAGAACAAACAACUAAAAAAUCCCAACCCCACUUCCCAUUCAAGCCAAAAGAAGAGCCUAAAACCCCACAAAACCCAACUCCACCUCCUUCUCAACCCCAAGACGCCUCAAACCCCACUACCAAAGGCGUCGGCUCCCUCUUCCCCUCAACCCCAUCCCAAACCCCCCUCUCUUUCCUCUCCACCCCCACUCCCUCCUCCACCCCCACUACACCCCCUUCCCCCUCUCCCAACCCCAGCCGUCCUUCACCCCUUUCAACCCCCACUCCCACUCCUGCCCCUAAAACUGCUUCUCCAAAACCCUCUCUCCAGCAGCCAGCUGUGGAGACCACAGCUGCUCCUUUCGAGAAGUUGUUCCUGAAGAUACAGCAUACAGUGGCUGAGAGUGUGAACGAGGCUUUUAAGCAGAUGCCUGUGCUGGAUGUAGGGGUGAAAGUAGAGGGCAAAGUGGAAGAAUAUAAGAGAAGAGUGGUAGCUGGAGAUAAAGAAUUUGACGAGUACAGAAGAGAAGUAGCAAAAGUUACAGACCAGUGCAAGACCCAGAAUGAGAGGUUUGAUAAGAUACUGGAGUACUGGGCACUAGAGAAGAGCGAUACCAGAGCAGUGAGGGAAGUUAGAGAUAAGUUAAGGAAUAAUACGCUAUUUACGGAAGAGAUUGAGAUGGUGCUAGAGAGAGGAGAGAUUACCCUAGCACAAGCUAUUAAGUAUGUGAGGAUUAUUAAGGAUCUUUCCUUACAAGCAAAGAAGCUCAAUAAUAAUUUCUGUGAGCCUAGGACUAUUAAAAUUAAGGGAGUUAAUGAUGAUCCUUUCUUAAAGAAGGCUAAGAAGUCAAGUGUUAUGCAGAAAUUGAUGAGAGAGGAUAGAAAAGGAAUGCAGAAAGUUAAGCAAGGGCUAAAGAAAAGCAACAAUACAAAACUAAAUGAUAAAGAAACCAUCAAAAUUUAUAACACCUUUAUCAACAACCUGAUAGACAAUGAUGAGUACCUUGUUAAAAUUCUCGAUCAGAAGUAUGAAAAAAUAACUAAAGAAAUGCAAGAGAAAGGAUACCUUAGAGGUAAUGAUAAUGAAUCUACCUGAAGUACCGUCUCAAGGUAUAAGUUUGAUUUCACUGAUGAAAUUACUGAAAAACCUAAAGAUCAACUAGAGAGACCAGAUUUCUACAGAGAUCAUUACAGAGAAAACAAGAUAGCAAAAGGAUUGAUCGAGAUUCAAGACCCCAAGGCUUUACAAAUUCAGUUCGAGAAGGAAUUAAAAGCUUCUAUGAAGUCGAGGUCCUCCAAUGUUAAGGGAGGAAUUGCUAUGGUUGAAGUUAAGAUUAAUCCAAGACCAAGAGUUAGAGAAGAGGCUAAAGUUGCUCCAAAAAUAAGCAGCUUUAACCCAAAGCUGAAUGUGAAGCCAGAGAAGAAAACUAGCAUUAAAGAAGAGCAAAAGAGUAAGAAAAUUGAUUUUACAAGUCUAUUAGUUCCAAAGGAUUCUAAAGCCUCCGGUAAAAAAACUAGCAGCAAUAUGUCAUUUGGAGAAGAGUUUGACAAAGAUUCAAAAGAAGACCCCGCAAACCUCGAAUUUGGUAUGACCAAGAAGAUAAGUUCAGAGAUCCCAAUGAAAAGAACAAUGACAGGAGCUCCUUCUAGCUUUAAAAGCAGUAAUGUCCUUGAUCCCUCACUUAAUGAGUCAGAAGGAGAGGCAGGAGUCGAGCUUCCUCCUUCAACUGCUUUUGUGAAGAAAAAUAGUGAAGUUAUUAGCCCGUCUAAAUAAAUUUGGAGCUCCAGAUAAUCUACUUGAUGGCCUCAGCUUUGGAGGAGAUGAUGUAGACGAGAAAGAAGAUGAGAAGCAGUCUAAAGGCACUGAAUCAACUUUGUUCAACAAGACUGUUAAAGCUAAAAUAGCAAAUGAGAUAGAGAAGAAGUUAAGCACUAAAGACGAUAAACAAUCUGAGAAGAAAGACCAAUCAAAAUUAAAUGUGUUUGGCACUAAAAUGGGUCAUAAAACUUCAAUGACAAUUGGAGCAUCUAACCCAAUGAAAAAUCCUUUAAAAGCAGCAAGAGAAGCAGAAAAGAUUAAGAAAGAAGCUAAAGCAAAAGAAGAUGCUAAGAAAAAGGAUGACUCAAAAGAGGAAGAUACUGAAAAGACAAAGGAGACUGAAAAAUCAAAAGAAACUGAAGUAAAGAAAGAAGAACCUCAAGAGUCAACUCCAAAGAAGAAACCCUCCCCUUUCGGAUCAGGAGCUCCCUCUAAAAUAUCUCCUUUUUCUGCGAUGAAAUCUGAGAAAAAGCCAGAAGGAGGAAUGUUUGGUAGUACAGCUUCAAAUUUAUUUAAGUCAAACCCAACAACAGGGGGCGGAAUACCUACCACUAAUCCAACUGUUGGAGGAGCAACUUUUGGGGAGUCAUCAUUUGGAAAAUCAGCAUUUGGACAGCCUUCCUUUGGCCAACCUUCUACAUCUACUACUGCUCUUAAGACAACUGGUGCCUUUGGAAAUGCCGGAAGAACAUUUGGAAGCAAAAAUAAAGAACCAAGUGGAUUUACGGGAUUCAAAAGUAUUGCAAAGACAUCAGAAUCCAAUUCAUUCCUAACAAGUGGAGCUAAUGACAAUCAAAUGGAUGAAGAGGAUAUCUUUGGUGAUAAUCAACCAUCUAAAUCCUCUAGUUUCGGAUUUGGAAAGCCAUCAGGGACUGGAUUCGGCCAAUCAUCAGGGGCAGGAUUCGGCAAAUCCCCAGGAGCUGGAUUUGGUACUUCAACAGGCACUGGGUUUGGACAGAAAACCUCAGGUGUUGGUUCUUCCUUAGGGUUCAAUCCAAGCUCCAACCCAAGCUUUACUCAAAGAAGAAAAUAAUUACUUUACCAACUUACUCAUAUCUCAAUUUCAAGAUUUCUAAA